CCCUGGGGCUUGGGGAUGAACAAGGAUUCCCCCACUCCAUCCGCAACACCAACAGGAUCCCUGAAGAGGAGGAUCCUUAUGAGGAAGUGCGGCCGCCGUCCCCACACCCCAACCUCAAGUAUCCUUUCGACGAACACAGACUCUACAGCAGGUCUUCGUUUCAGAAAGCUGACGCGGUCGUCAGUCCGCCUACGCGGUACGGGGAUGACGCCCCUCCGGCCAAGAGCGACAUUCCCCCGAAACCCGACGUGGCUACAUCCCGUUCCUCAGACACCCUAUUCCCCGGUUGGAGUCAACCCUCUCCACGGAUCCAGCGGCGGCCAAAUUCCAAUGUCCAACCGCGCCGAAAGAAAUCCGGGAACAAAGGCCAGAUAUCCGAACGUCGUUGGUCUGAAGAACACCCACCCAUUAUUCCAGACAAAAAAGGAAUGUGGGUGCGACUACCGAUGCAACAGGUCUUGAAAAACGGAAAACCUGUAGGGGUUAGGUAUGUGCCAGGCAAACUACCACCUGGUGGAUUCCGACCACCUCCAGGAGGUGAAAUGGCCGUACCGCCGUACCAGAAUUCGACGGGAUCGGUGGUCAUGAUAGAAGGAAAACCAUACCAAAUCGUUAUUCCUCAAGGAGUUUCACAUGUACCUUACAAUCCACAACUUCUACAACCAGCUCCACCGCAACAAUACUACCCACAGUUUCUACCCAACCCACAAGUUCUACAACCAGCCCCACCAGAACAAUACUACCAACACGAGAGGGCGUCCCAUGGGGAGAGUUCUAAGGCCCUGGACCUUAAACCCCCUCCAAUGCCCCCUUUGAACCCAGUGCCGCCCCCUUUACAUGCCCCAAGGCCUUUCCCUCCCCGAGUGGUGAAUAAAGUCCACAUGAAGAACCCAAGUCCCCCUGCGGAGGUCCACAGAAAAGACCUUAAUCGUCCCGAGUCUGCGUGGCCUGGUCGACCCCAGCCGGUGACAAUAGAAAAUUUCGGCAGACAGGAGUCGGAGCAACCUCUCCCAUAUAGGGAAGUUACGAGGGAAGAGUUCAAAACCCCGGAUUCGGUUUUCGAGCCCGUAAAGUUCAACCCACAGGUUGAAAACUUCCGUUCACCUCCCCCGUUGCCAGAAUAUGUCAACAGCAUCGAGAAGAGUGAGGGGGUUGAGCCUGAGGCGUACGACGGACCUGUGAUAGGCGACGUGCUGGGCACCAUAUUGCAGUUGCCCGAGGACACCCCUGCGGACAGCGACCACGUACCCUCCUUCGCCGCCCAGCUCCUGGUGGUGCGAGACGCUCCCACCAACAUGCACCCACCGGGGUACAACGUGUCCCAGUACAACCAACACCACCCAGCGACGACGAAGCUGCCCCGUACGAAGUUCUUCUGCGAGGAGAGGGAGUUUCUGCCGGGACUGUACGCGGACGUGCAACUUGGCUGCAAGAUCUUCCACCUCUGUGUGCCGGCGCCGCUGGGCUCGACGAUACAGUCGUUCCUCUGCCCCAACUCUACACUGUUCGACCAGUCCAUCCUGCAGUGUAACUACUGGCAGCUCGUGGACUGCAGCGACAGCGCCCGCCACUACGCAGCCAACCAGCCGCUGGCGCUGAGCUACCGUAGAGUUAACGCAGCAUACCUCCCCCCCCAGCAGGCGGGGGACCCCCUCACCCUCAGCAUGCUGAGUGACAUCCGCGCCCAGCAUGCUGACUAGCGUGGCAUGCUGACUAGCAUGGCAUGCUGACUAGCGUGGCAUGCUGACUAGUGUGGCAUGCUGACUAGCGUGGCAUGCUGACUAGCAUGGCAUGCUGACUAGCGUGGCAUGCUGACUAGUGUGGCAUGCUGACUAGCGUGGCAUGCUGAUUAUUGUAUACUUACCAGAAAUACUCAUUAUUGAAAACCUUUAUAGUCUAUAACUAUU